AUGGCUCAAAAUGCUUCAGACGAGACGCUUUCACUCCUCAGUCGACUGAGCCAGAAACCUGGUGUGCAAAGUACUCUCAUACUGUCGCGCGAAAAUGGCACGAUAAUACGCACGUCUGGCCUCAUCUCGAAGAGCUCUUCAGCGAACCCGAACAGCACCCUACCUGCCCCGAACGAUUCCGCAGCCGACAGCUAUUCGAACGGUAGAAAGGAGAGCGGUAUACAUAGUGCAGAAGAUGUAGCGAGCGCGGUCUGGUCUUUUUUGACCGCCGCGGGAUCGCUUGUGGAUGAUUUGGACAAGGAGGAUGAGGUUAGACUCUUGCGGUUACGGACAAAGAAGAAUGAAUUGGUGAUAGUACCAGACUCCAGGUUUAUCCUCGUAGCGAUACACGACACGCCGCCGGCAUAG